AUGAUGUAUAGAUACAAGAAAGUCAUCUCAAUCGGCAUUCAUGGCGGUUCCAAACUUUCAAUCUCUCAUUCGUACUCAACCACUGGCACCAUCAGUCAUCACUUUACUCACCACAUCAACCACUUUCUCUCAAUUAGAUCUCCUAAAACCCUCCAAUCACUCACAAAGUACCACGCUUACAUCAUAACUACAGGACAUCACUCAACUAACGUUUUCAUCUCUUCAAAACUCAUCUCCCUCUACGCUUAUCUCCAUAAACCCGUAUCAUCGAAACACGUGUUUGAUGCAUUUGAUGGUGACAAAGAUAUCUUCCUAUGGAACUCUCUCAUUAAAGCUUACUUUUCCAAUGGAAUGUAUCCACAAUGUCUCGAGUGUUACGCUUCUAUGAGAGGUUUCACUUCUCUUUUCCCAAACCAGUUUACAGUUCCCAUGAUUGUUUCCGCCUGUGCCGAGCUUGGGGAUUUGAUUAAUGGCACGAUGGUACACGGUUUGGUGUUUAAAGUAGGAAUUUUUCAAGAAACCUCUGCGGUUGGGUCUUCUUUAGUGUACAUGUAUUCAAAAUGUAGGUAUGUCGAGAAUGCACAACAGGUGUUUGAUGAAAUGCGUCUGAGAGAUGUGGUUGCUUGGACUGCUCUUAUUAUCGGGUAUGUGCAGAAUGGUGAGAGCGAGAAAGGAUUAAGGUGUGUUUGUGAGAUGUAUAGGACAUGUGGAGAAGAUGAGAGGCCAAAUUUUAGAACAUUAGAAGGUGGGUUUCAAGCUUGUGGCGAUUUAGAUUCAGUAUAUGCAGGUAGAUGCUUACAUGGAGUAAGUUUAAAAUCUGGACUUGGAUUUUCGAUAGCUGUUCAAUCUUCAAUCUUUUCCAUGUACUCCAAAUGUGGAACUCUAGAAGAAGCUUACAUGUCCUUCUGUGAAGUUCCAAUAAAAGAUAUUAAGUUAUGGACUUCAAUUAUUGGUGUAUAUGGAAAAUUUGGAUGUGUAAAACAAAGUUUAGAUAAAUUUAUGGAAAUGCUUUUUUCUGGGAUUGAUCCAGACCCAAUGGUUAUCAGUUGUGUUAUAUCUGGUCUAUCCAACUCUACAUGUGUAUCUUUUGGAAAAACAUUUCAUGGGUUUUUGGUGAGAAGAAAUUAUCAUGAAGAUCAUAUGGUUCAUGUUUCAUUAAUGACUAUGUACUUUAAGUUUGGACUUAUAACUUAUGCUGAAAAUGUCUUCAAUGGUGUCCUUGAUAAAGAACUUAUGAAUACCAUGGUUCAUCGCUAUGGUAAAUUAGGAUAUGGAAUCAAAUGCAUCGAGUUCUUUACAAAGAUGCUAAAUUUAGGCAUGAAUCCAGAUUCUUACAGUUUAGUAUCGGUAAUUUCUUCAUGUUCAAAAAUGGGGGAAAUGAAUCUUGGAAAAUCUCUUCAUUGUUAUGCUGUUAAAAGGUUUAUGACAGAGUAUACAUCGGUGUCAAAUUCACUCAUAGACAUGUAUGGAAACACUAACAAUGAAGAACUAAUGAUAGCAAGGAAACUAUUUUGUACAACAAAAAAAGAUAUUAUCACUUGGAACACAAUGAUUUCUGCUUACAUAAAUUCUAAGCAUUAUGAUGAGGCGUUUUCUUUGUUCAAUAAAAUGGUUUUUCAAGGGAUUAAACCUAAUUUAGCAACACUAAUUAGCAUGCUUUCUGCAUGUGCCCAAAUGGGAUCAUGUGAAAAAGGAGAAGAGAUACAUUUAAAUUAUAUCGAUCAAGAAAUGAUUUUGACUAAUGUAACACUUGCUACUUCAUUAGUUGACAUGUAUGCCAAAUGUGGGAAACUUGAAAAAUCGGAGAAUAUAUUUAACCAAAUGAGAGAAAAAGAUGUUAUUUCUUGGAAUGUGAUGAUUUCUAGUUACGCGAUGCAUGGAGACGCCACGUCAGCAAUAGAAACUUUUGAAAAGAUGGAGGGAUUAAAAUCAAAUGUUAAACCAAAUGAGCUUACUUUUCUUGCAACUCUUUCGGCUUGUAAUCAUGCGGGAUUUGUGAAGGAAGGAAAGUAUUUAUUUGGGAGAAUGGGAGAUUAUGGUUUAAAACCAACACUUAAACAUUAUUCUUGUAUGGUGGAUCUACUUGGUAGAUUGGGGAAUCUUUAUGAGGCUGAAGAUUUGGUUUUGACAAUGCCUAUUGUUCCUGAUGGAGGUUUGUGGGGUACUUUGUUAAGUGCUUGUAAAACACAUAACAAUCCUGAAAUGGGUAUUAGGGUUGCAAAGCGUGCGAUUGAAUGUGACCCAAAGAAUGAUGGGUAUUAUGUAAUUAUCUCAAACUUGUAUGAUUCUGUAGGGAUGUGGGAGGAAGCUGAAAAGAUGAGAAACUUCAUGAAGGAAAGGGGAGUAGAAAAGGCAGUAGGUUAUUCUUCUAGCAACCCUUGA